UGUUCGAUUAAUGUUUGGGACAAGGCGAAUAUCGGGAGUAACAUAAUAAUCAAGCGAACCAUAAAAAGAUGCUGGGCGCAGCAGAGAAACUAAUUAUUUAUUCAUUUUAGUCCGUUUUAAGGUUUUGAAGUCAUAUUUUAGCACAAAACAGAUGGAGGAAGAAAUCUCACCAGGUUACCAUGACAACAAUAAAGUGCCACCUGCUGGCAAGGUGGACAUUGCCCAAUUUGUUUUACAAGUGGAGAAAUUUAACUGUAUGACCGAACCAUUUGCUUUCAUCUUAUAUCUCUGGGAUGAUUUGAGAAGAUGGAGGUAUCCUGUAUUAACUGUGAUUUUAUGGAUAGUAUGUAACCUUGCCUGUCUUAUCCUCACGCAAGCGGCGGUUUUUACCCUGGUAUCACUACUGGUAAUUGUGAUAGCAUUGAUAUGUCUGAUACAGCUACAUACACGAUUGUUGGACAAGUUUCUACCCAGUACUAGUCUAGAUAACGACAGUGUUGAUGAACCCGUAGAUGAACAUUCUGCCUUACAGACUGUCAGAGACUUUAAAUUUAGUUUGAUGCAGAUGCACGAGUUUGUGGGCAAGUGUAAUGAAUAUCUACGUCAUUUUUACUCACUCCUUAAAUGGGAUCAAACCCUUAUUUCCCUAAAAUUCCAUGUAGAGUUAUGUUUUUUGUUACUAUGUCUGGUUGUGUUUCCAUCAAGAUGGACGUCAGUGAUGUUAACUAACUGGUUCUUUCUUGGUACCGAAGAUGUGUGCUUAGGUGCCAGGGAUCGAUUUUACUUGUUGAUCGAGUAUUUACAAGGGAAGCGUACAUUGUCGUCAGUAUUUGAGGCAACAAUAGUUGAUCCCAAAAACAGGUUAUAUAAGGAUACAGUAAAUGGUACAGCUGUAGUAGAGACUGACAGUGAGGAGGCUUCACCAUUAACAGAUUCUGAUAAAUUAGAUACGGGUUUGGAUGAGACGGGGGAUGAAGAGGGGAACGGGGAUCAGGUGACAUCGGGUGACAAGCCGGGUAUGGUAGCCAGGCUAAUGGAGCUGAAACGACGGAGAAAAAUUAUUUCAAAUG